AUGCUCCAUCACUCAUCUUCAUCUUCUUACAGCCAAACCACCAUCUCCACUUCUCACAGCCACUCUUCUGCUUCCCUCUCUAUUCAUGUUAGCUCUGCUACUGAAUUAGUCUCUGCUCAAACUUUCGGUAAGCAAGAUCCUUACCUCCAAUUCUCUUUGAAUUUCAAUGAGAAGGAUUCCUACCUCAAGACAUUCACCCACAAGAACGCUGGUGAGAACGCCACUUGGAACCAAACCUUCACCAUCUCCUUGAACGGUGAGUCUGAUCUUUACGUUGAAGUCCUUGAUGAAGAGAGCACUGUCAAUGAAGUCAUUGGUUUCGCUGCCAUCCCCAUCAACCAAGUUGUCCACGCUCCUGGUGCCAACAUGAACGGUCUCUUUGAAAUCUAUAACACCAAGGGUGAGAAGGCUGGUCUCCUCAACUUGCAAUUAGCUGCUAUCGGUUUCCCCAACUCUCAACCUCCCAACUUUGAAGGUUCUCAACCCGUUCGCGGUCAAAGUUACGUUCAUGAAGGUCACUGUGCUCGCAUGAAGUCUACCAAGAAGAAGGCUACUGGCGUUGCUGUUGGUGGUGCUCUUCUCGGCGGUGCCCUCGCUAUCGGUGCUGGUUUCCUCGGUAAGAAGCUCUAUGACGACCAUAAUGAGAAGCAAGAGGAGGAAGAGCGCCAAGAACAAGAAGCUCAACAUCUCAGAGAAGAAGAGGAGCAAAAGCGUAAGCAAGAACGUGAGGAGUUUGAUCAAGAAAAGGCUCGUUACCAACAAGAAAAGGAAGAGUAUGAGCGUCAAAAGAACAGCCAUCGUAACGAUGAUAACGAGAACGAUCACCAGAAGAAGCAAGAACACGGCCGUCGCCACAAUGAUGAUGAUGAGGAUUGCGAAAAGCGUCACCACCGUCGUCGUGAUAGCAACAGCUCUGAUGAAGGUGAUGCCAAAAAGUGGAACCCCGUUGGUACCUAUGCUGCUGGUGACAGAGUCAAGUAUCACGGUCAAGUCUACAUGUGUCUUCAAGGCCACACCUCCAACCCCACAUGGCAACCUGGAGCUGCUCACUCUCUCUGGCAAGCCGAGUAA